AUGGCACCUCGAGAUCCUGUCCAGGGCACUGUGGUGCCACGCAACAGCAACACUCAAGCAACAUUGGAACCUAAUGUGCAGGAGAAAAAUGACAUACUUGAAGCUACUGCUAAAUGUUUUGAAAGAGAUGAACUGCUGCCAUUCACUGAGUCUACGCAUAUUGAACUUAAAAGCUUUGCAACAAAGAAUGUCUUGAAAUAUGUUAAAAGCACUCUUCCAAACUAUGUAUCUGCAUUUGCAAACACACAAGGCUAUUUAAUUAUUGGAGUGGAUGAUAAGAACAGUGUGAUUGGAUGUCAAGAGGAUAUGAAUGUUGACAGGUUACGGAUGGAAGUAAUUCAUGGCAUCGAAAUUCAUGGCAUCGGGAAUUUGCCUAUCUAUCAUUUCUGCAAAGCAGGGGGAAAAACGAAAUAUGAAAUCAAAAUCUUGGACGUAUAUGAUGCAUCUAGAAAAAAAUAUGGUUAAGUUUGUGUUGUGAAAAUUGAGCUGUUUUGUUGUGUUGUGUUUUCAUGCAACCCUGAUUCAUGGAUUGUGAAGGCCCGGCUUGCCAAGAGACUGACAGUCACAGAAUGGACAGACAUGAUGGUGGCUGCUGACCCAGGUCUUAUGAAAGAAGAAAAGUCUCAUAGCUAAUUCCUCCUGAUCUUUGGCUUUCGUGCUUCUAGGGUGGUGAUCCACCUUUCAGAUGUCUGUUGUUGAAACAAUAAUAUAAAGGGCUCUAAAAAACUCUGCCUUUAUCCUGCCAAGGACAUGUGCAGGGCUUUACAUGUAUGAAGCACUGACAAACAUUGUGGGUGAGGGCUGAUUAAGAACCUGAAUUAAAUAGAAAAAAAGGAGUAGCCACAUAAAAAGGCCAAGCUGUAUGAGAAGCACUAGGGACCUGGUUUGUGGAUUUAGGAGAAUACAGUGGUAUGGGCCCCACAGUAUUUCAACUUAGGUACAAGUAAACAGGAAGGCAGACAUCUUCCAGGCAUGAUGAGUUCGACUUUAUGUCUUUCCAAGUAGUAGGAUUUUCUUUCCACAACCCAACCUGUGGGACAUUUUCAAGUAAUCUAUGAUCCAGGUGCCAUUGGAAUCAAUGGGAAUCUUCCUACUGAUUUUAGUUCAGGCACUAAGGGCAUUUUUACACGUGCUCU